CAGGCUUGGCAUUUGAUGCAUUUUUGGAAGCUAAUCCAUCGAUCGCCCCUAAAAACCCUUUCUGCCAAGAACUGGCACCUCACUCAUUUGUGACAAGCGAAAAUGCCACUUCCUGCGCUGAAUCGCAUGUUCAUAACCUCCGCCUGGUUACAGUCUAUAAUUUAUGGAAUCAACUGCGUACUAUUUGGCGUAUGCAUCUAUGCCAUUUCUAUUCGGAGAACAAGGGCACAUUGGAUUAUUCCUCUUUCAUGCAUUUUCCACUUUUCGAUAGCGACAGCAAGCUGCAUCGUUUGCCUUUUAUAUGCCCUUCAGGGCCUCACAAAUCCUGCUAUAAUAUCCGUCCCUGACGGAAGUACCUUGUAUUUUGCUAGGGUUACAGCCUUCUCAUCGACGAUGAUAGGAUUGUAUACUUUUGAUGUUCUUGUUCUACAUUUCUUGCUAAUUUGGAGGUUUUAUUUGGUUUGGGAUCGUAAUUUGAUCCUGGUUAUCCUCAUGAUAAUUCUGGAAAUUGGACAUCUCUCAACUGCCUUCGCGGCCUGGGGUGUGGUCACUCAUUUCGGUGUCGUCUUUUUAUCGGCUUCCAAUGCUUUGGCGAAGUCUCUUUGCGUGCUCAACCUCGUGCUUACCAUCUGUCUCACAUCUGGUAUUGCCUACCGUCUUUGGCGCGCGGGAAAAAAUACGUUUGAUUUGACUGGCUACAACGCAUACAAACCUGCCAUAUACACUAUCAUUCAGUGCGGUGCAAUCUACACUAUCAGCAUUGUGGUAGUGUGCGCUCUACAGCUUUCCGGGAAUCCAGCUGGUCUCAUGGCAACGCACGUCGGCGUUCAGUUUGCCACCUUGACACCUCUUCUUCUCAUCACCGAUAUCAACCUUAGGGUGACACGCAGAGAACAUGAUGAUGAUCCACCAGAUACUGUGGAACCCACUUUCGCUCGACCUGUCGAGGUCAACAUCACCGAGGAGAUCCAUACCCACCCUCGUGAAACUUGUGACCCUAUGAAUCCAUGACUUAUCCGGAAGAAUCAGAGUCUGCGUGCAUGCGAUGACAAUGAAAAGUAUUCAUAGGUUUUUCCCUCUGACUAGAGCAUCAGACACUGAGGCCCACUUUCGCUCUGACCUUCGCCGCCUGAACUCAUGUAUUAACUAUGGGAGUUGCCAGAUAAAACUCCAGAUGUGUUUCGGAAUUGUGCAUUCGUCGCGACACCGUGCGAGAUCGAAUCAGACUGCACAGGGAAGUUAGUCAAAAAUUA